ACUUCCGGUAUCGGUAAUGAGCAAACGAUCGACAACAAUGACUACGUAAAUACGUCAACCUGAAACACAGUACACACCGUUGUGUUUAGUUUAUAAGCUAUUAAUCAAUUAAUUCAUCAUGUAUAAUGGAAUUGGACUUCAAACCCCUCGUGGAAGUGGGACUAAUGGUUAUGUUCAGCGAAAUCUUGCAUUUGUGAAGUCAAAGAAAGAUAGGAUUGAUUACAAGACAGAAGAAGAACUAAAUAAGCUUGAUCAAGGUUUAAAUAAACAACCAAACAAGGAAAUUCUUGAUCAUGAAAGAAAACGUAAAGUCGAACUAAAAUGUAUGGAAAUGCAGGAACUGAUGGAGGAACAAGGUUACUCGGAGAAAGAAGUAAGGGAUAAGGUGAACAUGUUCCGCAAAAUGUUGAUGGCUAAAGAAGGAGUAUCAGAAACAUCAAUAGAAAAAGAUGAACAUGGAAGACCAAUAGCCAAAGAAACACAUCAACUGGCUGAGGCUAAUCAGGAAAAGAAUGCUCGUCUUAAAGAGGCUUUUGGUCUCACAGAUUAUGUGGAAGGUAGCGCCUUUGAUCCUGAUAGAAAAGCUAAAGAAGAAGCAGCUAAGGCAGCAGCAAUGGCACAGAAAAAAUAUACAGUUGUUCAAAGCUCUGAUGAAGAAGGAAAGGAAGAGGCUUCAUCUCCUCACAGCAAGAAAAAAAAGAAGCGAUCAAGACAUAGCAGUGGAUCACCAGAUGGUAAUAAAGAGAAAAGAAAAAAGAGUAGAAAACACAGCAAAAGAGAUCGUUCUUAUUCUAAGAAAAACAAAAAAAGCAAGCACUACUCUAAGAAGAGGUCCUCAGCCAAGAAGAAGCACAGACGUCACCACAGCACCUCUGAUUCAGACACCCUUGACAGUGAUGAUUCUGAUGGACUAGAGGUGAAUGAUAUUGACAAGCAAGACCUCCCUGUGACCAAAACCAAUGGAGCCAGCCAUCCAUCUUUACAGUCACUUGUCACAACUGUAGAGAAUAAGGCCAGCACCCCUCCACUGUUGGGUUGCACCACACUUAGCCAGAUUAGCAGUAAUACACCACCUCAGCCAGCUGUCCUGUCUCCACCAGCAGAUGGUGCUAGUGUUAAGUACUUGAAUGAGAACACGUGUCACAAAGCAUCAGUUCCAACUAUCACUCGGGAUAAUAAAUCAAGGUCAAGUUCAAGGUCUCAUUCAUAUGGUAGUCAUUCUUAUCGAAGGCGAUCAAGUUCAAUUUCUUCAUCUUCAAGAAGUCGAAGCAGGAGCCGAAGCCACUCUCCCAGUCAUACGCCACAUUACUCACAUAGCAAGACUCACAGCAGAACUAGAAGCAGAAGUCCUAGUCUAGCCUACAGCUCAGAACAUCGUGGCAGUCACCGUGACUCACGUUCACCGUCUAUCAGGCGCCGGCAUGGUUCUCCAAGUCAUUUGGAUAAACGUAGAAUUACCAGUGCACGCAAACGUCCAGUUCCAUAUUAUAGACCUUCACCAUCCCCUUCAGAUAGUGACUCUUCAUACUGCUCUAGAAGGUCAAGAUCAAAGUCACACACAUCCCGAUCUCGAUUCCGCAGUCUUUCUAGAUCACCUAGUCUUGAACUACAUUAUCGGAGGAGAAAACAGAUUCAGCAGCCAUUGCGACACUCUCAACAACAGCACCUGCAGCUGCAACAACAGCCUCAGCAACCACCUUAUUAUUAUCAACCUCUACAUCAUAUACCUCACUCAUCUACAUCAACUGCAUCUUUUUCAUCUCAAUACUCAACAGCUUGUUUAAUAUCUCAAUGAUAAUUAAAUGUAAAAAAAAAAUGUUCAAAACCUGUUUUGUCCCUUAUUUUAAAAUAAUAUAAAUAUAAAUAAUUUUACAGAUAAAGUCAAUUUACUUAAUGGUAAAUCAAAUUACAUUCGUCAAGAGUACACAAAUUUUGUUUUACUGUAAUUAAAAUACUUGUUAGUGAAUCAAGUCUACAAUUAACACAAUUUAAGAUUUUUAAAUAUAUGCUGCAAGGUAAUCAAUUUAAAAACCUUUUUCACUGUCCAAUCCUGUCAUUUUAAGGUGAGGUAAUUAUAUUAACUUUUAAAUGAUUUAUUGAACAAAUGUUAAUAUUAAUCUCAUCUAACAAAGAAUGCUUUGCUUAAUUUUGCAUGUGAUUGUGUGUAAAUAUUUCUUCCAAAAUAAACUACCACUUGUUUACUGAAUGUGUUGUUAAUGAAAAGGUUGCAAGCGAUACUUGAUUUUUCACAAUACUUAACACCAGCGAAGAUUUUGUUCAGGAUGAUUGGAAUGAGAAGUAACAAGAGUAUAGUAGUAUUAAUCUCAAGAAACAAAGCUGAGCUUUCAUUGUUUUUUGCUCCUUAAAGUAAUAAAAUAGACCCAAAAGAAAAAAAAAUGCUGAUAUGAAUCUACAAAAUUUACUGUUUCUAUAUAGUGGUACAUUUCAAUUGUGUCAUUUUUAGAACUGAUAUCAAGAAAAGUCAAAAUAAAAUUUCUUUGAAUCCACUAUUUAAUAGUUGUAAACAUAAUUAUAGCCUGCCCUUUAGAAUCAUCCUGUUGUUAAUAUAUUACAUUGAAAUACAAUUACUUAAAUGUGAGAAUAAAGUCAUAACUUUAAUUAUAUCCAUUUUAUCUCAAUUCUGAUUAGAUUGUCGUUACAUUAAUAAAAUAACUGAAAAUAUUUCAGAUAUUUUCUGGUACAUUCCACUUUGAACGUGUUAAUGCCUAACAAAUAAAAAUUAGUAAACUGGCCACCAAAAACUAGAUUUCUUCUGUAAAAAGAAAAAUGUUUUAAAUUUUAUAAUUAUUUUGUCUAUUUAAAAACUUAAUUAUUAAAUUCACAAAUCUGGCAUAUAAGCCUACUAAUAGUAGACCCAAUUAGAUUGCAAGGAAUCAAUAAGUUUACUUAAGCCAACGUUGACAAAAUACUUAACAAUAAUUGCUUAAUUUGACCACAUUUGUUUUUUUUAGCUUGGACUGGGAGGAAAAUUUGUGUAAAUAUGUAUUUAUAAAUUCAUCAUUCAAUGCUUCAGUUUUACUUGCAAAUUGUAUUGUUAGAUUGUUUUUUUUAUAUAAUUUCAUCAAUUCUUCUUUGUUGAGUAGUAAUACCUUGUUCGCCAUUCAAUGACUAUUCAUCAAAAAUAAUUUUCAAUGCUCUUUUCUUCCUGUUUUCUUAAAAUUAGAAAAAUCUCUAAAAGAAUGUGAAAACUGCAUGAUUUUCUUUUUAACUAUGGAGCUUAAUUAUUGUACCAAGGUAAAAUGAUGUUCAAAUUAUGUUUUCAAUCAUUUUGUUAAGCUCAUCUUAAUACUCAAAGAUCACAUGCACAUUGUUUCCAUUAUAGGAAAGGAUUUGAACAUUAGUAAUAGCUAGUUACUGUUUCAUAGUCGUAACCUUGAUUGUAAAUUUUUGUUCAUUUGUGGAACUUGUACAAAUAAGUGUGGAGCAGCUCAUUUUAGCUAUCUUGGUUUUUUUUUUUAAUUAACUUAUUAUAAUUUUUAAAUUAAAUCCUUUUGUGUAAGUUUUCCUUGUCUGUGGCAUUGCACUGUGAGCCUUUAAGCUGUGAUUUUAAAAUACUAACAAACAAAAGAAUGAAAACAAUUACAGUUGAAUAUUCGGAGGUGAAGAUAUAGCUCCUGUAGUGACCUGUAAGGCUGUUAGCCAGCUUUGGUCAUCUUAUAAAAUGGUAAUCUUUUUGUUCUUCGUCAGUUCAAACUAGCCACUGCUCUAUCUUUGAGAUAGGUAAUAAUUGUAGAUUCCCAAGUUAGUGUUCAAUAAAACUGUUAAAUUUUUUUUUUAAAUAACUUUCAUAAAUGUGUUUAAAGUUGAAAAAACUUACUUCCUUUAUUUGUUAAUUCUUUUUCUUUAGGUGGCAUGAACUACAUUUUAUAACAAUAAAUUAAUAAUCAUUACAUCAUGUUUCAAAAGACAUUUGUCAAUGUUAGCAAACUUGAAUAAAACAUGCGUAAAUAUA